AGUGGCUCACUACAUUGUCCACAAUAUCCUGUGUAGGAAGGUCAAUUCUGCUCACAUUUAAAAGAAACAUGUUACCAUCAACUCCUUUAAGUGAAAGACCCCAGUGGACGUCAAAGAAGACACUGGAUAUCCCAAGAUACUAUCAAGCCUACCAUUCCCCUGAUGCAACAAUGGUCAUUAGGGGCCUCCCACCUGCAGUUAAAGAACCAGAUCCUGGAGUGGGACUUGGGGUAGAAGAGGGGCUACUUUGCAAACUGCUUCAUUCUCCAGAGUUUAACUUGUUUCCCAACUCAGCUGUCUUUGAAAGCAACUUCAUCCAGGUCUCAAAGUUCAAGAAUUGGAAAAAUAUCUAUGAUGCAUCUACAACUAUGGCUCUUGGUGUGACCUCAUCAGUGGCUUGCUUGCCUCUUCCCAACAUCCUUCUGAUGGCCAAAGUUAAGUGGCCCAAAGGGCAAUCUCCAAAAUGGAUCAGUCCAACAGAAGCACCAACUAUCACCCUCAAAAGAAUUCUCCCACUGAAGUUUGUGGAACUCCAAGUUUAUGACUGGUCCCAGAGAAUCCUCAGGGUCCGGACAGUCGCUGAAAAAAUUUACUACCUAAAACUCCACUUGGACCACCCUGCGGUUGUGUUCCAGUUCUGGGUCCGCCUGCUGUAUAUUCUGGAAAGGGGACUGUCCAUUACUACAAAAGACCCGAGAAUUCAUGUGACCCACUGCCUGGUGCCUAAGGCUCCAGGCAAACUUGCUGGAAAUGCCCCAGAAACAGUUGAAAUUAACAUACCACUACCUGCUGGACCAAGUGAGAGCCUGGCUCUCCUUAUGGCCCAGGGGGUAUCUGAAGCCUCUUCAAAGAAUAGAGCAAACUUAAGGAAGCACAAGAAAGCAGCUAAAACCAAUGAUGUCAGCAUCACAGAAGUCAUCAGAAAUGUUUGGACAAGCAACUCAGAACAAGAAUUUUCCUCCCAAGAAAGCAAUCGAAGAAAUGAAGGAGAUGUAUGCUUGAGAGACUCUUUCUCUCACAGUAUGUGGGAAAGAGAAAAUCCCUCUGGGCCACAGCCACUGUCUCUCCUUAGCACCCUAGCAGCCUCUACUUGUUGCUUUGGUCCAAAGCCUUAGGGGGUACGGCCAUGAUCAUACAAUGGAUUUUGCAGCAGAAAGUAUUCAACAGCAGCAGAAAAAAGAGAUGGUUGGCAGAACAAUCAGAUGGCUGACAAGAGGAAAGGCAGUCUGAAACUGUCCAAAAAGGUGGCUGAUGGCCAUGGAGGGACUCAGGGUUACCCAGCAGGGAUGUCUAGGAACAGCAGAAGCUAAUAAUAACAGAAAACUGCAAUUUCAGUCAACAACGACAGCAACUGGUAACCAGAAGGCAGAAAAGACAGGUGACAGCAGAAGCAAUAACUAAACAUGGACUCUAGAGUUAAUUAAUGCUCAAAAGAAAAUGACAACAAUGGAAAUGAACUCAACAGCAAUGGAAAAGAUGAAUUUCAAAGCUGCCCCAAAGGAGUACAAAACUAAGAAUAUCAAUGUAGACUCUUAAAAAUUAUCAUGGAAAUCGAACGAAUGAUACUAAAAUGGCCAAGCUACACAACUACUCUGAUGCUUUGUUUUUAAUGAGAAAACUAAGGAAAAGCAGUCUGGACAAUUAAGAAGUCAUAAAGGCCUUCUUAAUAUGGGCGUUGUGAUAGGAAAGCAAACAAAGCAGAUAUAGCUUGUCAUAUUUGGAAU